CUGUUGCGUCGGUUACAUUCAGUAAUUAUACGUAGUGAAUGUGCCCAAUUGCUAUGAUUUGUUUUAUACCUUCCUCGCCGUAGACUUGUCUACAAAUAUAUGUAUAUAAGUACGUCUUAUUUACGAAGAACAGCAUCGGAUGACUGAGGAAAGAACUUUAUAAUACAUGACGAAACAGAUAAAUAAAAAGAAAGCAUAGAUGGAAUCUGGUCUGGUACUAUUCAAUUCAUACACAGUAAUAAAAUUGUUUACAGUACAAAAUUGACUGUUUUGUUGACGUGUCAAUUCCCAAGUAAACGGACUUUGUUCCGUGACCGAAGCUGGCGACCAUUGGGAAGCGAUAACUGAAGUCAACAUAUGAUUUAUAUAUAACCACAACAAAAGAAUAUCAAUAAAAUGGACCCCGUAUGGACAAGCUUUUACUGUUUACUACUGAUAUAUCCAACUUUUACGGAUGGUUUUACCAUUAAAGAUGAAGCUCUCUUGAGAGACAAACUGUUCGAGACUGGGGAGUAUGAUUUAAAAAUUCGUCCAAGUGAUCGAGUCCAAGUCGAAAUCCUGUUAAAUUUGAUGACCAUUAAUUUUUUGAAUAUCCGAGACCAGUCUUUUCAAGUGAGUGGAUGGCUUACAUUGGCUUGGAUCGAUAAACGGUUAAGUUGGGUUCAAGAAGAGUAUGGCGACAUUGGUUUUAUAUUUGCAUCUCAAACAGAAGUUUGGCGACCAACUCUUGUAAUCAGUAACUGCGUUCAGAAGUUGGGAAUAAUUCAAGAUGGCUUUACUCCACUUCGAAUUACCAAUAGUAGCAAAAUCAUCUGGGAACCUCCCGGGAUAUAUGAAGUUAGCUGCUUAGCCGAUACUACAGUUUAUCCUUUUGAUGUACAGACUUGUCAUUUAACAAUCCAGAGCUGGGGAUACGCCCUAAAGGAACUCGAUGUUUCUGCAUUAGGAUCGGGGAUAAACCUCGAGGAAUACAAGGAAAAUGGUGAAUGGGACAUAAUUGAUCACUACACAAUACGGGGGGAGAGUACAGAUUCUAGAGAUAUUGAUUAUGGACAACUGAGUUUCUAUUUUACUUUACAAAGAAAAUCUCAGUACUACUGGUUCAAUGUGAUGUUGCCUGUCAUCGUUAAUUCAAUACUUACUGCCCUUGUAUUUGCCUUGCCUGCAGAAUCGGGAGAGAAAAUGGGCUAUUCACUAACAGUUCUCCUGUCGUUUGCUGUGUUGCUGACAUUGGUAUCUGAUAAGAUACCACCAACUUCUACUCAUACAUCCAUUAUGGUUGUUUAUUUCUCAUUUGUUCUGAUAAUGGGAGCUCUGGCGGUUGGUUUCAGUAUACUUGUUAUCAAGUUAUAUUUCCGAGAGAACGACGAACCAAUUUCACCAUGGGUACAAUAUUUCUACAAGAAGAUACUUGGGCGAUUGGUCUGUUAUAGGAAAUGCAAACCACGACAGAAUUCAGUUUCAGAUUUGGGAUCAGACAGAGGUUCUAUGUACGAAAAGGGCGAAACGCCCAACAUGUAUCUACAAAGGGAAGCAACCGAACAUAAACUGGAAAAUGGAAAUAGCCCCGAGACAGAUGAUGACUUGGAUUGGAAAGACUUGUCAAAAAUAUUAGAUCAUUUUUUCUUGAGAUUAUAUUUAUUAUUGAUAUCUUUUGCGACAUUUGGAUUUCUGGCCGCUUUGUCGCUUUAAACAUUGAUUUCGUUGUAAGUUAGUCUCUAGUACAUUUUAAAUCGAACAUUUUUUGUUAUUCUAUAUAGAUUUGUUUUAGGGUGAGUGUCAGAUUUACUGGUGUACGUAAAUAUACGGAGGCGAAAUGAGCCACCGAUGUGAGUUGUCAGGGCACCAAUUAUAGCAUGUCGACCCAUAGCAUUUGUUUGGGUUUUUUUUGUUUUUUUUUUUAUUCUUUUACCUUAUGAAGUCCAAUUUCCCCAAUAUGAAUAUCAUCAACCGCUUGGAUAAUAGAGAUGACUUUUAAGAAUAGGUAAAUACAGUCUAGUGUAUCCAGACAAUAUAUAGUGGGUGGGGGAAUUAGUGCAGCGUUUACACUCGUGAAUUCCAUUGUCGUUAUCCUCUGAAAGGAAUCAUAUUUUGAAAUCAAGAUCAAGCUUUGCAUUAAAUUUCUUAACAAUCCACGAUCCUAGACUUUAUGCACAAUUUCUUCCUCAGAACAAAUGUUUUUGAAAGAAUAAUAAGUAUAUCCAAUUACAUGACACUUGCUAUCUAUAGUCAGAAGGAUUUCAAAUUAACAUUCAACAACCGAAGCUUAACUGGCUAAAUGUUGUACAGGUAAUACAGGGGCGUUUUUAGAGAAUUUCAGCAGAGGAGAGUCCUGGGUGGACACAACGUCAUCUUUGGGAUGAGGUCUUGGAUGAUUAGAGUAGGGUGCGGCCAAAACGGAACAAAGAUACGCUCUGCGCGAAUCCCCUCAUAGGCGUAGGAGCCGGGGGGGGGGGGGAGAGGCAGAUUCGGUGAACCGUGCAUUUUUCGGGCAAUGUAUUUCCUUUUUUGUGGGCACAAACAUCAAGGAAUGGGGAACAUUAAGUCGUUUUUACUUAACAUAUUGUAAAUUUAUAUUGUAGUGUAAUUGUGUAAUUAAUUCAAA